AUGCUCAACUGUCCAGACAAUACGGACAUUUUCAGCUAUAUAUGCCUCGGAGGGGGUGCCUCCCCCAAUACCAGCUCCCUCCCCCAGGGCUCAUGGGGCGGGUCCGGUUUGCUCAGGAGCAGCAGCGGCCGCAGCAGCAGCCUUGGGGCUGAGCGGCGAUGGCCUCCCGGCAGCGCCGGCAGGAGGCAGCUCCGAGAGCGAGCCCAGGCCCUGGGGAGAUGCAGCUCAGGCGGCUGCCAGGAUGGAGGAAACCGUCGAGCGGAGCCCGAGCCACCGGGGACGGACUUCCUCCCCAGCUCAGCUCCCCGGCAGCCCGGCGAGGCCUGCUCCAAGGGCCGACGAGUGAGAAGAGGCUUGGGCCUCGGGCCUGGCGGCGGCGGCAGCCCAGGAACGAGGCAGGCACAGCGGGGUAAACGCGCGAGCCGGGGCCGUUCUCAGGAACCUACAGCGCCACGGCCGCUCAUUGUCUCUCCCCUUCCACCCGGGGGCAAACAGGAAGCCCGCCGCCUGGCCGAGCGACGGACGGGCGCCGGGACCAAUGAGCACGGCGGACGGAGAGCGCGGCGGCGAAUGAGCGCCGGGAAGAGGGGCGGGACUUCCGGGCGGGCUGUCACCCUCUUCCCCCCUUUUGGGCUGGAGGCUCCACCUUUUGUGUUUCCCGCACAGUCAAUCAAAAUAGGAAAAAAAAAAAUCCCCGGACCGCUCCGGCCGUGUCCGCCGCCGCUUCCCGCAUCCUCUCCCGCCGCCGCCGCCUUCGCUUCUCACCAUGUGUAA